AUGGUGACAGGUGUGCUGGAUUCAACAAUCCCACCUUGCGAAUGGGUCAAGUUGCAUUUCAGUGUUUCGUGUCUCUUAAGGUCCAUACAGCUACGUGUUGCGUUGCGGGUGUUCGCAGUACUAGCCAGACAUGGCCUCGCCAUGGAAGACGACUAG